UGCUCUGUCUUCAUGGCUGGGGAACCAGCAUCAAGAUCCUUCAGUCCCAAUUGGGUAUGUCACACAGAAUAUUCUGGUAGUUUAUUCCAUACUCAUCGUUCGACCCUGUACCAGGACCCUUAAUGUCCGACCUACGGCAAGACAACACUGCCACUUUCCAUUUCCUGGAAGGCGAAUGCGACUCUGGCCCUGGCCCGGGAAUUGCUGGUUAUUUCGACGGUCCCUACUACAGCUACUACAAGUUUCCCCGGUCUUUUUCCGAUUUUGAUGAUUCCGAUGUCCUGGACGCCUAUGAUCAGCUCUAUACGGCCAUUGAGGAAGAGGGUCCAUUCGAUGGUAUCCUUGGCUUCUCACAUGGCGGCACCUUAGCUGCUGGAUUCCUCAUACAACACGCCGAGCGAUUCCCACAUGACCCGCCUCUUGUUCGCUGUGCUAUCUUUAUCAAUUCCCUUCCCCCGUUUCGGAUGAAUCCAGGGGAGAAGCCUGUCAUUGACAUGGGAUUGGAGGGCUACUUGUCCCUACCGACAGUUAGCAUUGCAGGCGCCCAGGAUUGGCUAUUGGAAUAUUCACGGGCCCUGCAUGAGUUAUGUUCCCCGACCUCAACCUGGAUCGUCCAUUCCAAAGGUCACGACAUCCCGGGAGACAGAAAGAACGUGGCCCAAAUGGCAGCCGCCAUUCGUAAAUUGGCCGUCUUGGUAAGUUUGACUACCAGAUGAGUCCGGCGUUUAUUGCGGACAUUCUUAUUAUGGAUGCCUACGCUACGGCGUGUUUUGGUUUUUUUUUUUAUUUAUUUAUUUUU